ACAUAAUAAAUAUAUAAACAUAAUUAACACAAUUAUUUACAUUCAAAUAUUUAAAUAUUAAAAAUAUAAAGCAACGUCAUUAAGUUAAAUUGCAGUCCGUGUCGUUAUGAGUCACGUACAUACCAAACGCGUAGUCUACACGACAAGCGUCAAAAUGGGAAGGAGAUAUAAUUUUUCCUUCACUAAGACAUGCCAUCCCAUCAACGACAACGGAACCUCCACCCAGGUACCACAAACGGAACUACAGUAACUUGAUAAAUAAAACAAAACAAAACAAAACAUCAACAUCUAAGAACUAAUUUUAAUAAAAUACAAUAAUUACAUAAACUAAAGAAAUAAAAAAAUUAAAAAUCUCCUACUGAAUCUAUAUAUUUAACAAAAAAAAACUUAAAGAAUCAGGAAAAAUAUAUUUAAAGGCUCCAUCAUUAAUCAUCAAGAUCAAACAGCAAAGCGUGAUUUAAAUAAUAAAAGUGAUAAAAAAUUAAAUAAACAAAAGUUUAAGGUAAUUACGGGGUGGUGGUUUACCUUUGUCACAAUUGAGGACGGACAAUAAAUUCAAUUCAAAAACUAAUAGAGAGAUGAUCACCCCGGAGGCAGUGGAGUUAUCAAAAUUAAAAGGUUCAUGGUGUAGAUUGGUGCUCAGGGAAUGAGGAAUCCGGGCCUACGUUUAGUCGGGCUUACGACGUCACCAAGUGGUGGCGGCGUAUUUGGCACACGGGCCGAGGAGGAGUUGCGACAUUGGCUUGAAUCACGCUUGGAUGCAUUGGGUAUAGACCCGGUUGCGUACUCGCGUUUUGUACUUAGCCUACUACGUCGCCCCCCCGACUCGGCCCUGAGUCCUCUCGACGAAGACAUUGACUUUGCUGUCGUAAAUAAUCGUGCUACUGCUGGCGGAGGAAGUAGUACUGGAGCACGUCGACAUUUAAAUUAUCGUGUCAGACCAAGGGCCCGGAUAUCUGGUGAUCGUGAUCAGCGACGUGCUGUUGUUCAAUGUCUUACAAAUGCUGCUGAUCAGAAAUGUGGAGUUGAACCAUUGGUUGAUGAAUUGUGUGCAAAAUUACGCAAUCUCGAAGGUAGCAGUGGGUCUACAAAUGAUACUAGUGACACUGAAAAAGAAGAAAGUAAAAGAAAAAAUUUAGAAAGUGUUAAUAAUAUUAAAUUUGAGACCUUAACACCUCGUGAUAAAGCGUUAAGAUAUUACGCAGCUUUUCCAGCCUUACAGCCUGCCACCCCAAAGAAAAAUAAUAAUAAUAAUAAUAAUAAUAAUAAUAAUAAUAGUAAUAAUAGUAAUAAUUAUAAUCAUAAUAAUAAUAAUAUUAAUAACAAUAAUAAUAAUAAAAAUAACAAUAAUAACCACAAGAAAGAUAAGACCUACAGUGCCACCAAUACGAUUAAUAAUUUGAAUAAAAAAAAUUUCAACAAUAAAAAUAAAAAGAACGAAAAGAAAAGGAAACCUAAAAUGUCCAUUAGAACAAUUGAUCGUAAAGAAGAUAAAGAAACAUUUGGAUUCGCAAAAUCAAUGGAACGUGAACGUGAUAAGGAACGUGAAUUAGAAAUGGAUAAAAUAAAAUUGGCACAGCUGCAAGCUAAAUUUGAUGAAAGUCUUGAGGCACUUUGGGAUAGUGGACCGGGUAAUGCUGGUGAUACUGCGUCAAUAUGGGCAGCUCCAUCAUUAUCAAUACCAUCGGGUCCAUUGUGGCCCGUUGAUCCAACAGAAUUAUUGAUUUUACCCAUUAUCAAUGAUGAUGACGAUGAUGAUAAUGGUAUUGCUGAUCAUCAUGAUAACAAUAGUAUUAUGAGUUGCAAAAAAAUAAUUGAUAGUUGUAAUAAUACAUCAUAUUAUUACGACAAUAAUUAUCAUCAUCAUCAUAAUAAUGAUGAUGAUAAUACAGUUGUUGAUGAAACUAUUAUUCCAUGGGACAUUGGUAUUAUUGGUGUUAGUAAAUUUAUUGAUGAUUCUAAAGAUAAAAUUGAUUAUAAUUUAAAUUGGUCUGAUUAUGGAGGCGAUGGACCAUGGAAUUGGAAAGAUCUUGGCAAUAAUUUGAUAACAAUUGAUAAUCCUAAAAUAAAUUCAUUCUAUUCAUCUCCGCACGAUGAUAUUAAUUUAAUAAUAAAACAACAACGGCAACAACAACAACAACAACAGCAGCAUCAACAAUAUGAUUACAAAGAAAAAUUAAAUAAUUUAAAAAAUGAAAUUGAUAUCGAUACUAAAAUUAAUAAUGACGCUAAUAAUAUUGUCGCUGUUGUCAAUAAUGAUGCUGGUGGUCGUAACAUUGAGGAUUUGAAAAUAAAUAAUGAGCAAGAACAAAAACAAAAAGUUGACAAUGAUAAUAAAGUAAUUGAAGUUAUUGGAGAUAAAGAACAAUUAGGAAUUGAUAUUAAAAGUAAAGAUGAUGCUGGUAAAAUAGAAAAAGUUAAAGAAGAAGAGCAAGAAGAAGAAGAAGAUUUAUUGACAUCAGCGCGUACUCAUUUUCGUCCAAUAAAAGAUGACGGUAAUUGGGCUGAUGGUACAACAUUUCCUGUCAAUAAUAAUUAUGAAUUAGUUAAUUAUCGUCGUUCAUCAUCUGGUAAUAUAUUAUAUCUACCAAAUGAUGAUAAUCCAUACAUGGAAUAUCAUGAAACAAUAAUAACACCAUCAGUAUCAUCAUCAGCAGCAACUGGUACCACUGAUGGAGAUAAAGAAACAGCAAUUAAAACUUUUACAUUAAAAUUUCGUGUUAAACAGUGUGAUAAAUCAAUACAAACAGAUCCCAUUAGAUCACCAGUUAAACGUCGGAUUAUUGCUGAGACUAAUCAUCAUUUUUAUUAUAGUAAAUUGAUACAUGAUCACGACGAUGAUGAUGAUGAUGGUGAUGAUGGUGAUGAUGAUGAUGAUGAAGACGAAGAAGAUGAUGAUAAUAAUACUGAUAAUAAUGAUGAUGAUAAUGAUAAUAUAUUAACAAAAGAAUCUUAUGAUACUGAGAAAGAUUCUUUUAUGUUAGACCGGAAGCAUUGGAUCCAACCAAGUUUAUCAAUUCUUAACGAUAGGAAACGGAGACACAGCAGUAGUUUCAAUUGUCGUCCAUUGGCUGCUUUACGCCCAUUGACACUUUAAAAAAAAAUCAACAGCAAAUGGAUUAAACCAUCAGCUUAAUUAAAUCACGUGGAGGAUAAUUAUAUUUGAACCCAAAUAUUAAUUAACAUGAAUAAAAAAAAAUAAUUAAUCAAUACUUUAAACAACAGCAUAAAGAUAAGUACCGCAAAAGUCUACAUAAAUAUUAUUUAUCAAUACAAUGUAGUAUGAUCAAUCGAUCUAGUGGUCAUCUAAUGAUCAAUCGAUUGAAAUAGUUAAUUAACUAAUCAAUUAAUAAUUUAAAAAAAAAAAAUUAAUAAAAUUAAAGCAUAGUAAGGGAGUCCUCUUGGCAUGUGGAAUUUGUUAUGCAUGAAAGGAGGCACAGCUAGCUCCCUUGCAUAAUUAACUAAAUUAAUUUAAAACAAAAAAAAAAUACAACUGUCUCUGAUUAAUUAAUUAAAUAUCACGUAAGAAAAAUCAAUUAAUUAAUUAAUGAAAAUAAAAAAAAGCUUUAAACGUCAUAGUGAUAGAGGAAAAAUUGAAUGAAUUAAUUAAUUGCCAAUAACGUAAUUGUUAGAUUAGAAAUUAUUUAUUAAUAAAUUAUUUGAGAGCUUGUAAUAAUUAACUAAAUAAUUUUUUUUUAUUAAUUAAUUAAUUGACAAUUAUUUAAUUAAUUAAUUAUUUAUUUAAAAGGCGGGAAGAUCAAAUAUUUGAAAAUACCUUUUGAAUAAAAUAAUGAGACAGUAAAAAAAGUUAUUAAUAUUAUUCCGAUUAUUAAUUAUUAUUAUUAUUAUUAUUAAUUUAAUCAUUAUUAGUGAGCCCUUAAAUAAAAUAGUAUAAUACAUCCCUAGGUCAGUAAAAUAAGAAAAGUCUCAGAUCACAUGUAAUUGUGGUCUGAGGUUUUCUUUUUUACUGGCCAAGGUGCGGAUACUAUUUUUCUGCUCGACGGAGUCGGAAAGUUGCAACUUCGUUUAGGGCAGCGGUCCGCAAGUUGCCUCUUUCCGUCCGUAGGCGAGAAAACAAAUUUUUUUAAACAACGAUAUGCGUUAAUAACAAGAAAAUAAAAAAAAAAAAAAUAAAAUAAUGAAAAAAUAAAAAAAAAACAUAUUGAAUAAUAAACAAAGAAAUAUAUAUGCGACCUCACCUCAAUAUUUUUUUUCGUCGGAAAUAAUAAAACAUAGUUGAAUAAUAUAUUAAAUAUAUAAAUAAUGAGGUGACUAUUUGAGAUGUGGAUUUUUUUUCGAGUGUUUAUGUUAUCGUCUAGUUAAUUUUUUUUUUUUAAGUUUAAAUAUUAAUCAAUGAAUAAUUAACGUUUUAUGAUUAAUUAUUAAUUUUUAAAAUAUCAAUAAGUCAAUUUUAAAUUAUUUUGUUGAAUUUUAUUCUUUAAUAAUAAUGCUGAUUUAAAAAAUUAAUUAAAGAUUUAAAUAAAUAAUUAACGAGCUAAAUUAAAAAAUAUUAAAUUUCGUCGGAAUUUUUAAAUUUUUUGUUUUUAAUUAUUAACUUUCUGUUGUUAAUUAAAUUAAUAGAAUUCUAGCAGAACGGACUUAAGAAAAAAAAAAAGAAAAUAAACAGAAGGUUAAUAAUUAAAAUUUUUUAAGUAAAAAAAAAUUUUAUGUUUUUUUUCUUUUAUCGUACAUAUAAUGAAAUUAUAAAUUAAUCAUUAAUAAGUAAAUAAUGAUUAAUCGUAAUUAAUAUAAUAAUGAAAUAGAAAAAAAUAAAUAGUAAAAAUUAUAAGGAAAAAAAACCAACAAGACUGUUUUUUUCUUUAUAAUUUUGAAUGUUUUUUUUUGUUUAAUUUAUCAUGUAGUUACCCUUUAACGAUUUAUUAAAAUAGUUGAGUUGAUUAAAAUAUUAAUUUUGCCUUAUUAAUUAAAAAUAUACUUUAGUAAUUGAAUUAUAAAUUUAUCGUUUUAAUAUUUAAAAUAAUAAAUAUAUAUAUCUAUAUCUCUAUAUAUCGUUAAAGGGUUAAUAGUUUAAUUAAUUAUUAAUAACAAUAUCGCCUUAUUAAUAAUUAAUAAAACCAAAUUAAUUAAUCGAUAGUUGGUUAUUAAUUAUUAUCAUAAUAAUAAAAAUAUCAUAAUUUAAAGCCCCAACUAAUAAAUUAAUCAUCAAAUUAAUUAAUUGAUAGAAUUAAAAAAAUUAAUAAGAGUCUUAUUAAUUAAUUUAUUAAUUAAUACCUUCGUAGUCAAAAAAUAAAUUAUUAACACAUUCCUAAUCACCUUACAGCCUUUUCUGAAACCCUUAAUAAAAAACAAAAUGGAAAAAAAAAUUUAAUAAUUAAAAAUAAAAAAAAAAAGUCAUUUUCCUGAUCCAGUCAAAAAAAAAUUAUUUCAUUUAAAAAAAUUAAAAUUUUAAAAUGUACUCGUAAUUAUGUCGAUUAUUUAUUUAAAAGUGAGUGAAAACAGGGAAAGAUAUCAGUUGUCUAUAUUUUUAUUAUCAAUCGACAAAUUACUUACUAAUUUCUUUUGUAAAAAAAAAAAAAAAUGUCAUUACAGUUGAAUUUGUGAUGAAAUUUCCUGUUGAUUGAGUACCCACAUCAAUAUUUUUAAAACAAGUCAGUGGUGACAAUCAACUCGCGGUUAAUUCGCGGACGACUCGUAGACAGCUAACGAAUUCAUGAGUUUAUUCAAAUAUAUCGAUGUUGGUAUUCAUUUUAAAGGGAAUUUUGUUUGCUUUGAGAAAAUGAUUUUUUUUUUAUUUAAUAAUUGAGUAAAAAAAAAUUUUGUGAGCAAUUAAUCCUAAUGGAUCACUGAACAGUAAUAAUCUAUAAAGUAGACAAUAAAAAGUGUUUGCAACAAUAAAGUCAGCAAUUAAUUAAUUAAUAAUAAACUCCCAGACAACUGAUACCUUUUAAAAAAAAGAGUAAUAAAUAAAGAGAGAGUAAUAUAUAGAGAAAAUUGAUGAGAACUAGACACGAUAAUGAAAAUAAAAAAAAAGGUAGAUCAUGUUUAUUAUUAUUAUUAAUAUUAUAAUUAUUAUUUUGUUGUUUUUUGUGUUUUAUUUAUUUGAAAGUUUCUUCUUGUUUGCGAAAAAAAUUAAAAAAAAAAAAUUAAAAAAAUGAAUUACAAGCACGCAAGAUGAAUAAUAAAUAAAUUGAUGAGUGAUUACUAAAUGAGUGAUUAAAACAAUUAAAUAAUCGAAUGAAAUAAUAAAAGUUUUAUGUUAAAAGAACAAUUGAAUGGAAAUGAAUGAGUAAAACCGAUGGAAUUUAUUUAAAUAAAUAGACCGAUGGAAUGAAUUAUUUUAAUUAAAUUCAAUUGACAAAAAACAAAAAUAAAUUAUUAAAUGGAUUCAAUGUAUGAAACUUGUGAAAUAAAAUGAUGAGAACGAAUAAUAA